AUGCAGAACUGGCUGAACAAGACCAGGCUUAGCAAGCCCGGCAAAUACGCCGGUGAGUACCAGUACGUGUUAACCCAGUAUGAGGUCAUGCUGAACAAAGAGCACAAGAUCGACUUUGCCGACAUGAUCAACCUCACAUUGAAACUGUGGGAAGAGUCACCCGAGGUGCUGGAGCAGCACAGGGGGCAGUACCGCUACAUACUCGUCGAUGAAUUCCAGGACACCAACUGCAAGCAGCUUGAGCUUGUGCUCAAGCUUCUGGGACACGAAUCUGGCCGCCUCACUGUUGUGGGCGACGAUGACCAGUGCAUCUUCGGCUUUCAGGGAAGCGAACCCAGAUACAUCAAAGAGCUCGAACAGCACUUCCCCCCAUCUCGAUGCCCACAGAGCAAACAUUUAAGCCAGAACUUCAGAUGCACCCAACGAAUCACAGAAGCAGCCGCCUCGCUCAUUCAGCACAAUGAAGCAAGAGUGGAGAAGGAGAUCAAGAGCACCAACCUCCUCGGCGAUCCAGUUCAGGUUGUGCAAUGCAGAGACGAAUUUGAUGAAGCCCUAGCGAUCACAAGAAAGAUACUUAUUCUGCGUGCGAGCGCGGUCUCUGCGGCCGAUGUCGCUGUGCUCUACCGAAGCCAGUUCGUUGUCAAGGCCGUGAAGAAGCAAUUCCAGGAGGCGGGAAUUCCGUUCUUUGUGAUGGGCGAGAAGAGCCUGGGCGAAAGGGAAGAAGUGCGCGACGUACUGGCCUACCUGACCCUCGCUGUCAAUCCAGACGACGACGGCGCGUUCAUGCGGGUCCUCAACAAGCCCACGCGCGGUCUCGGCCCGAAAGCCGAACUUCAUAUCAAGCAAGCUAGGCAAGAGGGGGAGUCCUACCACUCGGCCUGUGAACGCAUCAACGCCGGCAGACGGGCCAAAGAGCAGAACGUGAGCGAGCUGGUGGCGCUUGCCCGCUCCUUUCAGAGUCCAGAGUCCAGCACCGAUCACAUCAGGGACUUCAUCGAGUCGAUCAGUCCGGACAAGGACAACGACGAUAGCAGCGCAAGUGAGCAGCAGCGGUUGAAGACGAGAAAGGCCGUGGCUCUCAUGACCAUCCACAAGGCCAAGGGCCUGGAAUGGCCCAUCGACGUGCUGCCAAGUCACAAGUCUGGAGAUGCCGGAAUUGAGGAGGAGCGGCGGCUCCUCUAUGUGGCGAUGACAAGAGCAAAGAAGGAACUCUUCAUGACCUUCAUCGAUGCCAACGAACGCCAGCAGUCACUGUUGCUUACGCGCAACACCACAGGCGAGAUCAAGCCUGCGUGCCUCACGAAAACGCGAGCGGAAGCUGCACCCUCUCUGGCCAACCCCUCCCGCCAAGUGGAAACUGCCCGCACCUCCCUUGACGACGUCCCCUACAGCGACAUCGACAUCGACAUCGACAUCGACAUCGACGGGAGGAAGCGGAGCGAGUCCGGACAAGAAGCGAUCCCUCACCAACAUGAAGCAGAAGGCGGAUGA